AUAGAACGUAGCGUAUCUUACCCCCUUUCUUCUCUUCAAUAUUUUUCUCCUUUUAACACUGCACCUUUCGGCUUUCGCCUCUGCAAAAAGCCAAAAAUUUAAAAAUUCUGCCGAAAAAUUGUAGCAAUCAUCUUCCUGGUUUCUACUUUCCUCGCUUCCGAUCAGAGAGAGCUGAGACAGUUGAUCUGGUGGUUAAGCUAGCCAGAAAUAGUAAUUAUGUUUUUUGAUGGAUAUGGUUACCAUGGAACAUCAUUUGAGCAAACAUAUCGAUGUUAUCCUGCAUCAUUUAUUGAUAAGCCUCAGAUAGAAAAUGGUGACAAAAUUAUAAUGCCUCCAUCUGCCCUUGAUCGCCUUGCAUCUCUACAUAUUGACUAUCCAAUGUUGUUUGAGCUUCGCAAUGCUGCAACGGAGCGGGUUUCUCAUUGUGGGGUUCUGGAGUUCAUUGCAGAAGAAGGCAUGAUAUAUAUGCCAUAUUGGAUGAUGGAAAAUUUAUUGUUGCAAGAAGGAGACUUUAUACGAGUGAAAAAUGUUGCUCUUCCAAAGGGUACAUAUGUAAAAUUGCAACCGCACACAAAAGAUUUCCUGGAUAUUUCCAACCCAAAAGCCAUCUUGGAGACAACACUGAGGAAUUUCUCUUGCUUAACCACAGGAGAUAGUAUCAUGGUGGCUUAUAAUAAUAAAAAGUACUACAUAGAUAUAAUUGAGACAAAGCCAUCUAAUGCUAUAACUAUCAUUGAGACAGACUGUGAAGUGGACUUUGCCCCUCCUCUUGAUUACAAGGAACCUGAAAAACCUGUUUCUAAUCUUCCGAGCAAGGCCCCUUUUGAAGGUCAGGAGGCUCCAGAUGAGGCUGUACCAAAGUUCAACCCUUUUACUGGUUCAGGAAGACGCUUGGACGGGAAACCUCUGAAGUAUGACCCUCCGCCUGCUUCCUCAUCUGGGCUCAAGGACAAGAAACCUGAAGUAUCCAACUCUCAUGGCCAGUCUUCUACCUCAAGCACUCAAAAUGCUAGUCGCCAAUCUCAAGGGAAGCUUGUGUUUGGCUCAAACACGAAUCGCAAUCGGGAGACACCAAAGCAGGAACCUGCUAAAGAAGAGCCUCAGAAGAACGAAGAGCCAAAGUUCCAACCUUUCACUGGGAAAAAAUACUCCUUGAGGGGUUGAUUGUAUUUUAUCUUCCUGACUCAUGAUGUACCUUCCAAACCCUCAAUUAUUUUGUUGGUCACAAGUACAGGAAUUAUGUUGAAGUAAAAUAUUGCAUCUUUCAAGUGACUUGCUGUUGCAAAAUUGUGAAUGAUAUGGAGCUUGCACUUGGGUUUCAAUUCUGCAACCUUGUGCCAGUGUGGGCAUAUUUGGGCUUUAUGCCAAACUCUCUUUAAGGACUCUUCUUGCAUAUUUUUCCA